AAAGAAGUUGUCAGAAAAAAAAAAAAAAAAAAGUGUCAAGAAGAUCAUAUCUCAAUUCAUUAUAUUAUGGCAAAUUUCGAGAAUCUUUCUUCUGAUUUUCAGACAAUAGCCAUGGAUAUAUAUUCUUCCAUAACUCAAGCUGCAGAUCUAAACAACAACAACAGUAACCUUCAUUUUCAAACAUUUCAUCCUUCCUCUACUUCUCUCGAAUCGCUCUUCCUUCAUCAUCAUCAACAACAAUUACUUCACUUUCCCGGAAACUCUCCAGACAGUAGUAACAAUUUCUCUUCAACUUCAAGUUUCCUCCAUAGUGAUCACAACAUCGUCGAUGAGACCAAGAAGAGAAAAGCUUUGUUACCUACUUUGUCUUCAUCAGAGACUAGCGGCGUCUCCGAUAAUACGAAUGUUAUUGCCACUGAAACAGGUUCUUUGAGAAGAGGUAAGAGGUUGAAGAAGAAGAAGGAAGAAGAAGACGAGAAAGAGAGAGAAGUUGUUCAUGUGAGAGCCAGAAGAGGCCAAGCCACUGAUAGCCACAGCUUAGCAGAACGGGUUCGGCGAGGGAAAAUAAACGAGAGAUUAAGAUGCUUGCAAGAUAUGGUGCCCGGAUGUUAUAAGGCUAUGGGAAUGGCUACGAUGCUUGACGAGAUAAUUAAUUAUGUCCAGUCUCUACAGAAUCAAGUCGAGUUCCUCUCGAUGAAACUCACUGCAGCAAGUUCGUUUUAUGACUUUAACUCAGAGACAGAUGCAGUUGAUUCCAUGCAGGUACUAGAACAUUCUAAUAAUGUUUUUCAAUUCUUAAGAUAAGCAUAUAUAUAAUUAAUUAGUGGUAGUCUGGUAGAGAUGUUGUAAUGGGUCCGGUAUGUUUUGAUCGAGUCGGUUCUACAAAGAUUUAUUCAAAAAUACAAGUGUUUGUAGUUUAGAUUCAAUCUUAUUAGACUAUAAUAUAUGAUCACGCGGACUAUAUGACCCGCAAUUAAAAUAUGUUCGACAGGUCAAAUCCAGCCUUUGCAUAAUUGAUCUUGUAUGGUUUAUUGGUUUAAGUAGUCUCUUUUUUUUUGGCAUUAUAUUUGCAUGGUUUAAGUCUAACUAGUUGUUGUUAUGACAAUUACUUUAUUUUAACGUGAUAAAGUAUUUCUAUUAGUAUUGAAUAAUAUGAAUGGAAUACAAUUGGCAGAGAGCAAAGGCACGUGAGACAGUGGAGAUGGGGAGACAAACAAGAGAUGGGAGUCCUGUCUUCCAUUUAUCAACAUGGUCCCUUUGACUUUUGUUUUCUCUUUUCUCUUUUCCUUCUUUUUUAUUGUUUUCGAAAUUAUUCUUCUAUUUAUUUGGAUGCGAUAUGUCAUAUAUACGACCCAACUUGGGAUAAUAUUUGUAAUCUGUAUACUUGUAAUUUCGACGAUAUAAAUUUAUUGGUGACUUAUAAUUGUCAUGUAAAUAUCUCAGUUGUCCUCUCCCUUUUCGCUUUGCUAUUUCGUUUGCUUGGCACCUUUUUCCUUUUCCUCUUAUGUAAUUGUCCUCUUAAGUUAUGAAAUGAUCAGAAA